AUGAUUCCCUCUGGUGAUGAUACAAAGGCUUGGUAUGAACAAAAAAUGUUGGAAUCGAUCGUACUAGCCUACAAAACAGCUUAUACGAUUCUUCAACAAAAUGUUCUAAAUCCAUUGUUGACCAAGAGUAAUGCAGACGAUGAAAUAGCUAUUAAUCAGCUAGCCACGAAUUUUAUUUGUGGCGUUCAAAAUGACUAUGAUGCUCUGGAUACAGCUGUCAAUGGCAGUCAAAAUCUUCGCGUCGAGACCGAUAAAAAAGUUGUUGAUAGUAUUGCUGCUGUCCGUGCGAAAGAACAGGAAAUCAUAGGGAAGCGACGUGAAAUUGAGCGAAAAAUAGCAGAAAUUAGAGGCAUCAAGUCUCAGUUGGUCACUGCUGAGUAA